GGGAACAGGGUGCGGUUAGCGUUCCUUCAGCAAGUUUCUCUUCUCCGUAGUGGUGGUACACCGGCCGGCCGCUUCUUCUCUCUUCUCCGGCAGAGUCCGGCGAUGCGACUAGGACUGGCGAAGAAGAAGCAUCAUAUCCUUCUGCUUGUACGUCUACAGGCAGUUGCACUACAAAGGAGCAGGGUCCAGGGAGGAAUUGAUUCAUGGGGAACAUCAUCGACUCUCUGGUUUCAGGCUUCACCAAAGUCCUCGCCGACAUCCUCUCCAAGCCACUCGACUUCCUCUCCGGCAAGACUUGCAGCUCCGCCUGCGGCUCCACAUGGGACGUCGUCUGCUACGUUGAGAACUUCUGCGUCGCCAGCCUCGCAAAGAUGGCCGCCAUGCUCUUCCUCCUCUACCUAGUCUUGGUGUUCUUCUACCUUGUUUACAAGCUGGGCAUAUGCCGCUGCGUCUGCCAUGGGGUCUGCACAAUCGUCUGGUCCUGCAUCUCCUGCUCCUUCUCGGCGUGCAAGAACGGCUGCGCAAUCGCCUGUGUCAAAAUGAGGGAUGUCAGACGCGCACGGCGCAAAAGGAGGAGACGCUCGCAUGGCGACAUCGAAGAGAACUCAUACUUGAGUUCAAGCGACAGUGAGUCAGAGGAUUGCACUAGACACAGGACAGCGAGACGUGGUGAUAAGUCUGGGAGAUCAUUGUCACGGAGGUCAGGUGAUCGGAAGAGGGUUUAUCUGGAGAGGUCAUUGAGGACAAGGAACCACCGGGUCACGGUCGGCAUUGGCCGGCGGUGUGAGGUUGCGGAUGAGAAGGGGCAUGGGACAGUCCUUCAGCACCAUGGCGUAAAGGUGACUCACACCUCACCGUUUGCGCACAAGGGUAGUUGUAGGAGAGCAUACCGUGCAAAUUGAGUGGGAAUAAUCUUAAAGAUGCCCCGGUUCAGUUCUUUUAUGAAGAUCUAACUGUUCAAUGGAAGUCUCUGAAGAAAAAAUAGACUAAUUAUUUUCCUAUCUGAAAUGAGUAGCAAGACUAC